AUGGACUACUCACUCGAGAAUCACAAGUAUUUUAUCGGAAAACCCAUCUCCGACCUUCCUACGCCGGCGCUGGUGGUUAAUUUGCCAGUGCUCAAGAAGAAUAUCGACACUUUACAUCAAGAUGUGGAAAGACUGGGCAUUGGCUUUAGGCCUCAUGUCAAGACGCUCAAGACGCUCGAGUUAACGAGGAUGAUGAUUGCUGAAGGCAAAUACAAGGGCAUGAUUGCAUCCACCAUUCCUGAGAUCAAGGGUGCCUUGCCCCUGGUGGAGGAAGGUCUCGUGGAAGAGUGUCUGUAUGGCAUCCCAGUCUACCCAGGAGUUCUGCCCAGAUUGAUCGAACUGCGAAAGUCGUUGCGUCUCCAGCUUAUGGUCGACAACGAGCAACAGGUCUCGUUCCUCGAAGAGUCAGCUUCUAGCCAGGAGCCCUGGGACAUCUUCAUCAAGUUGGACGUCGGCUCGCACAGAGCGGGCGUUGAAGCCAACAGUGAUGCUCUGCAUCGCUUGGUAAAGCGCGCAGAAAAGUCCUCUGCGGUCAACAUCUACGGAUUUUACUGUCACGCCGGACACUCGUACGGAGGUCGUUCACGAAAGGAAGCUGAAGAAACCCUCAACAUCGAAGUAUCGAGCGUGCUGGCCGCAGCCAAGCUCCUCCCCUCUGACCGCCGCCUUAUCAUUUCCGUCGGCAGCACACCUACAGCGCAUGUAGUAGAAAGCCUCAAGGCGUCGAUGCCAGAAAACGUCAUCCUGGAGCUCCACGCAGGCAACUUCCCCUGCAACGAUCUCCAGCAAGUAUCGACAGGUCUCGUGACCGAGUCGCAGCAGGCCGUGUCGGUGGCAGCAGAGGUUUGCAGCGUCUACCCGGAGCGAAACGAAGCGCUGGUCAACGCAGGCGUGAUUGCGCUGUCGCGUGAGGCAAGCGCCUUCAGUGGGUUCGGCCGCGUGGUGGGCAGCCCGGCGUGGGGUCUGGUGCGGUUGUCGCAGGAGCAUGGGAUCAUGGGCACGAGCGAGGGUCGAAAGGUAGACGAUGAUUUCAAGGUCGGUCAGAGAGUUGAGAUUUGGUGCAAUCAUUCGUGUAUCGCGGCUGCUGCAUUUCACGUGUAUUAUGUCGUUGACGAAGGAGGUAUCGUGAGGGAUACAUGGAUUCCCUGGAAGGGAUGGUAG